UUCCCCCCCCUGCAAUAGGAGCUGCUGUUGACGAGGGCCGAAAUAAAUUUCAGCUGAAAACAAUAGAAGCACUGCUCGGAAGCACGGAUAAACUGGGAGAGGUGAUCGUACUGGGCAUGAUUACACAACUGAAAGAGGGUAAAUUCUAUCUGGAGGACCUAAAUGGAACAGUACAACUGGAUAUGUCCAAAGCACAGUUUCAUAACGGCCUUUAUACUGAGUCCUGCUACGUACUGGCAGAAGGAUGGUACGAGGAUUCUGUGUUCCACGUCAAUGGACUUGGGUUUCCACCUACUGAGCCAUCAUCGGCCACAAGGGCAUACUACGGCAAUCUGAACUUCUUUGGAGGUCCAUCCACCGUUUCUGUGAAGGCAUCAGCCAAGCUGAAGCAGCUGGAGGAGGAGAAUGAGGAUGCCAUGUUGUGAUUGUCUCCGAUGUGUGGCUGGGACAGCGCUGAGGUGAUGGAGAAGCUCCACAUCAUGUUCUCAGGUUAUGCUGCAAUGCCUCCCACCUGUUUUGUUUGUGGAAACUUCUCUUCUGCCCCAUAUGGGAAAACACAGAUCACGUCACUCAAAGAGUCUUUGAAGGCUCUUGCUGAUGCCAUAUCUACAUAUCCCAGCAUUCACAGCAGUAGUCGGUUUGUGUUUGUUCCGGGUCCUGAAGAUCCUGGUCCAGGCUCCAUCCUGCCGAGGCCUCCUUUAGCAGAUCACAUCACUGAGGAGUUCAGACAGAGGGUGCCAUUUUCUAUCUUUACUACUAAUCCAUGCAGGAUUCAGUACUGCAGCCAGGAGAUUGUAAUCAUUAGAGAAGACCUGGUCAACAAGAUGUGCAGGAACUGCAUCCACCUGCCCAAUAGUAAUCUUGACAUUCCAAACCAUUUUGUUCGGACUAUCCUUUGCCAGGGUCACUUGACUCCACUCCCUCUGUAUGUCAGUCCUGUUUUCUGGGCGUAUGACUACACCUUGCGCAUCUACCCCGUCCCUGAUGUCAUCAUCUUUGCUGACAAAUACGAUCCCUUCAACAUCUCCAACACCGACUGCCUUUGCCUCAAUCCGGGCUCAUUCCCACGCAGUGGCUUCACAUUUAAGGUGUACUACCCAUCCAACAGAACUGUUGAGGACAGCAAACUUCAAGAUCUUUAAAGGACAACUGGACAUAUUGCUCCCAGUGUGUAAUAAGCGCCUUGUAUGGCAGCACCCUGACAUCGGGGUGCUGCCCGCUUU